CGUGGAUUAUUGUCAUUCUCUGUACAAAUAUAUUCACUGCCGUAUAAUUCUCCUCAUCCUGGGCCGGGUAGAUCCACUCCGCGUCUUCUUCCCCACGCAUCUCUCCAUAUUCUCCUCCUCCUCUGAUCCGUAACUGUCUCUGGCAAUGGCCGCUCUUCCGACGCUCCUAAUCGCAGUUCUCGUCGCGCAUCUCUGCAAUCUGCACGCUCUCGCAGCGCAUUCGCCGGCUCCGGCUCCGGCUCCACAAUCCGGACCACACGCCGAUUCUCCGCCGCCUGUUUUCCGGUCUCCGUCGCCUUCGCCAAGCGACGCCGCAGAUCGCGCUCCUCCGGCGCCUCCUCCGCUAAAAUUCGACGUUUCUGCGUCGCCGGCUCUGGCACCUGAUCCGGAUGCGGUGAAUGACGUGAGCCACGCGGACGUGGAAGAGGCGAGUGGAACUACCGGCGGUGGAAUGAGCAGAGGGAGGAAGGCUGGCAUCGCCGUUGGAGUGAUCGCCGGCGCGUGUGUCGUGGGGAUCGGCGCCGUCGUUUACAAGAAGCGUCAGCGGAACAUUCUUCGAUCGCGGUACGGGUACGGCGGCGAGAGGGAGAUGGUGUAAGGUUCGUACGAGACUACGAGUUGGGGAAAUUGAAAAAUCACUUUCAUAUGCAUUUACCAAAGGGCACACAAAUACUGUAUUUGAAAUUUACGGAGCAGUACUAUUUUGGAACUUGGGAAGGGCGAUGAUUUGCAGUACCGUUCGUUAUUGACUUUCGAGUCUUUGACUGAACUUUUUACUCACUUCUCGUACGGUUUAUUUUUUUAGAGUAAAUUGCAUAAUUGGUCCUUUAUAUUAUGGAGGUUUCCCUAUUUAAUCUUCUAUUAUCAAAUAUUAUUCCUGUAGUCCUUUUUAAAAGGUGUUUUUUCACAAAAGGUCCUUUUUUGAUCUUCUGCCAUGUUGGUGUUUAUUUAAAGAAAUAUUUGCACUAAAUAGCACUAAAACUU